AUAAGAGGAACCCUCUGAAUAUUUGAACUUCUGCUUCAAGUUGUUGUCUCCAUUCCCAACAUGACGACCUCGGGGAUAACGCUCGGCUUCUUUUAUGCCCCAGCUCUCUGUCUCCUCUGGCUCACACAGCAUGCAGUGGGCUCAGCUCUGCUGUCGGCCCCGGGGUCAGUAACAGCAGCAGACGGAGGAUCCGUGACAGUCCCGUGUCAGUACGACCAGCAGUUCAGGGAGAACACAAAGUACUGGUGCAAGGGAAUCAUCUAUGAGUUCUGUAGCAUAGUGGUGAAAACACCCAGGACCAGAGAGAACAACAGAAGCUCCAUUAGAGAUGAUAAGGAGGCAGGAGUCUUCACUGUUACCAUGACCUCUCUCAGGAAAAGUGAUCAGGAUACUUAUUGGUGUGUUGUCGCCAGAUAUGGAAAGAACGUCUACACAAAGGUCACGCUCCGUGUCUCCCCCGCAGUGAUAACCACCGCAAUCAACACACCAACCAGUUCAUCACCUACACAAGAUGAAAUACGCUGGUGGGCACCUCUGCGUUGGAUCCUCUUUAUUUCAAUGUUGUGCUGUUUGGUAACAACGCACGUCAUUGCGUGGAGGAUAAAGACUUCAAGGAAAUUACAGCCGCACCAUCAAUUUCAACAUCAAAACUGAAGCAUUCAUGACUGAGGUGGGCAGAAAAACCAUCACUUUGAAUCCUGGCUGGAUGAUAUGCACGCUCAGACUGCGGCUACAGAAGUCAUUCCUCCACUGGACACUCUAUUAGUGUGUGAAUUAAACUGAAAAAUAAACCAAAUGAAAAAGUG